GCUUGGGCUCAGGGGAGAGGGCGGAAAACAGAAGGAGCUUUAGCUUUGGGACUCCAGAGGAAAGUAGAAUAGUGUCUGUAUGAGCACAUGAGGGAAAAGAAAGAAGAUGGAUGAGACUUCGAAGGGUGGUAGAGCAGCAAAAGACUGAUUUCAAUACUGCUGAUCUGGACACAGAAGAGAGGAAAAACAAAACAGCAGUGCACACAAGGCUUGUCUGAACAAGAAGCAGAAAAAAGGAGGCGGAUAACAGAAGAGGCAUGCUUUUACUCACCCAAGAAGGGGGAGAAACAGUGAGUCAAAGCAGGCAGACAGACAGGAAGAGGCUGAGGGGGAAAGGAGGAGGAGGAGGAGGAGGAGGAGGGUCAAGGGAGGAAAAAGAAAGCAUAACUAGAGAGACCAGAGAGGCAAAAGAUUAACAGUUUUCAGAGGGUGACUGUAAGAGAGUGAGGUUUACAGCCGGGGAGGGGAGGAGGAACAAUAUAAACACAGUGACAAGGUGACAGAAAGCAGUAACGGGUCAGUGUUGAGCAAGGUGAAGUGAGACAAGAGGGUGAGUGGGUUAGUGUGGGAGGGGGGAGGUAUGAGGGGACAGCACUUGAAGUCACUCUUCUCCUGCACGCUCACUGUCCUGUUUCUGGGGACCCUGCUGACCACUUUCAUCUGGUACACAUCCAACGACAGUCAUGUGGAACCUCACAGAGUAUCUACUCAGAAGAAAACUGAGAAAAGAGCCCCCUCUGUGUCCUCUGACAACUGUAAUGGCUGCAGUAAAGUCAUUGAUAAAGUGUUAGAGCAGUAUUCUCAAACCUGGACCAAGCAGGAGGAAAAUUACAAAAAAUUCAGAUCUCAGCUGAACGCCAAGUGCCAUGGCUUCAACAAGGCCAUUGUCACCCAGGCCAACACCCCGGUAGGAUCGAAGCUCGUGUACGAUGGUGAGAAAAAGAAGGUUCUCCAGGUGACCCCGGAGCUUUUCAGCACAUUUGCGAAGGCGCCUCUAUUUUCAAAUAAAACAUGGGACACAUGUGCUGUGGUUGGAAACGGAGGGAUCCUGACCAACAGCAGCUGUGGAAACACAAUAGAUUCAGCCCAGUUUGUCAUCAGGUGCAACCUACCUCCUUUGGAGAAUGAAUUUAGGACACAUGUGGGCAGCAAGACCGACAUUGUGACUGCAAACCCAAGCAUUCUUCUAGAGAAAUAUGGGGCUCUGUUAGGACGUCGCCGUCCAUUUGCAGAAAGUCUGAAGAUAUAUGGUAACUCCAUGCUGCUCCUUCCUGCUUUUUCCUUUGGCCACAACACUCCUGUGUCUCUGCGGGCCCUUUACACUGUUGAGGACUUUGGGAUCCCUGUUCGGCCCAUCUUCUUCAACCCCGAGUACCUCCACAGUCUGGCCAGUUUCUGGCGCAGCCAGGGCCUGAGAGCAGUCCGGCUCAGCACUGGUAUAAUCAUGGUUAGCCUGGCGCUGGAAAUUUGUACCAAUGUGCACCUGUAUGGCUUCUGGCCUUUCAGUAACCACCCACACGGAUUCCAACCCCUCACUAACCACUACUAUGAUGACAGACAGACAAAAAAGAAAUUUCAUGCCAUGCCUGUUGAGUUUGACCUCCUGCUGCGGCUGCACAGUCAGGGGGUGCUCAGGCUUCAUCUGGGACAAUGUGGGGAAAAGUAGCUCCAUGUAGUCCCAUGGAAAACUCAGAAGUACAGUGCCUUUCUUGUAUCCUCAGGAUGAAGCCCACGAAGGCUUCCCUUUAUUUUUAAGUGAACUGAGGAAUCUAUUUUGGCUAAAAUCAUGGAUCAAGUGUAUCCAACUGAGUUGGAUGCUGACUUGUCCAAUCAGCAGCAGCAUUUGCACUGAUUACAAUCAUCCGUAAGACUGUAAAAAAUAUACUUAACCUAAAGCCUUAGUGUUCCUACUAUUAUAUUUAUUACUCUAAAUGUUCUAGCUGGAAUCUGGAUAGAGUAGUUAUGUUUUUAAAGGAGAGCCUUUGUAAGGCCUUUGUCAAGGUGUUAUCAUGUGCCUUAUGUUAACCAGUUAUUCAUGUGAAUUACAUAAUCGACCAUGGGAGAUUUUAGAUCAAAGUAAUUGUAUGUUGAAAAAAUUGAAAUACCUCCUCAAUGGAAGAUUGUCUUUCACGUCUUAUGAGAACACCAGCACAUUGAAUGUAUGAUUUCAGUACAAAAGCAUAUCACACAUUACCAACAAAUACUCUGACAGCUGUUGAAGGGAAAUGUGUGGCACUCACAAUGGUUUAACAAGGCAUUAUAGGUGAUUUAAUGACAAAAGUUAAACAGGAUGAACAAAGGUUAUUUCAGCACUAUUUUUCUGACACCCUUUUACAACAGGAUGUGAUACAGACGUGUGGUAAACAGACGCUGGUUUCACCGACAGACUCUGAAUGUGGCUACAGAUAGAUAUGAACAUUUAUUUGGUGCACAAACAGUAGCUGUUUAGUUCUUGACAUCUUAAAAAGGACAAAUUGGCAAUGAAUUUCUGGUAAAUGAAGAGUUAAGAGUUUUUUUUUUUAAACUAUAAAACAUGCCUGACCAUGUCACACUCCAAGAAAAACAGCCUGGAAGAAUGUAAGAGGGAAUUUUACUGGGAAAAUUCAGUCAGCCAAGAGUGAAAUAAUAAAACACAUUUGGAAAAGAUGAAGGAGAAAAAUGUGGCGGUGUUGAGCACUUACGAUAAAUCCUUAGCUGGACAAAUGAAAAAAAUUGACAAUCUCUUCCAAGCAGUAUAUUUCUGGCAGACUACUGCAGUCUCUAAAAUUCUUUCCCUUCUUACUUUUUACUCCCCAAUAUCAUCAGUAGAAAACAAUCAUGACCCAUGUGUUCCUACUUACCAUCAGCCGGUUUCACUUUAUCAAGUCCUGGUUUUACAAAGACAAGGCUUAGAUCAUUAGAUCUUCAUACCACUCAGCUCAGUUUACGAAUUUAACAGUUACAAGAUAUUUUACAGGGAAUGUUCAGGUACAUAUGUAGUUUCUUUUCAGUCUUUUUUUCUACUGGAUUUUUUAAACGACUGGGUGGCUGGUGUUGAUGAUCGGGUGGCCGAGGUGUUCAGUUUAAAAUAAGUCUGUCUUUAUUUUUUAGACUAAGCUAAUAUAAUACACCAGUCAACAAGUGCGUGUUUUAAUCAUAAUCAUGGUUAAACUUUAAAUGAUGUUGCACCAAACUUUAAAACAAGCUUAAAGUCAAGACUCAUUGAAUUUAAAGGCACAAUGUGUAACAUUUAGGUGGAUUUAGGAGGAGCUCGUUCCAAAGAAUGCAUAUGAUAUUUAUAAUUAUAUUUCGAUAAUAUAUCACAUGAGAACUAUAUGGUUUUCAUCUUGUUACAGUGUCUCAUGUAUUGUUCCCUCUACACUAGCAUGGGUAUUUUUCUAAACCGAUAGUUACUUUCCCUGUGUUUUUUAAGAAUUCUGCGCAACCAUAGCUCUACUAAGCCGUUUCAUUGGACUGUUGUCUUUGUCUCAGGCCACAUGCACUGGAGUGUAUUGAUUUAUUGUUGAAAUCGUGUCAUCUUUGUUAUGAUAGGUGGCGAUAUGCACUCUUUCAGUUUGUUAGUAUUGGGCUGUUUGUGGUUGAUUUAUAACAUCAAAAACUACUAGUCAGUAGCUAGCUAGCAAAUUAGGAACCCAGAUGCGAUUCAACUUCCCCUAUCAUAUCUUCAACUGCAACUUCACCACUAGAUGUCACUAAAUAUUUCACUUUCAACCUUUAAAUCUCUUUGACACAUGGGUUGAGGCUGUCCCUUAAUUUUGUCACAGGAUUAUUUUGCACAUAUAUUUAACAAACUUGAGGAUUAAAAGUUAAUCUUUUUUCAUUUUGAGAUACAUUUAAUGUUCAUUGCAACAUAAUUUGCAGUUGAACCAUGAUUUAAUUGUAUUCUAAAAGGCUGGUUUAACACUACACACACAUAACAGACUUAUAUCUGAGACCUUUGUGCAACUUGUCCCAGAUCUGUAAGUGCCUGCCAGGUUUGUGUGUCCCAAAAGUAACGUUGUCCAUACCAACCAUGAUGUCCUCUGUGGGCUGAGGGAGGCUCAGGAUCCCAGAGAGGCUUGGAGCUAUUAAACAGAAAUGUCACAGAAAGAAAUAGGGCUAAUGACACUAGCAAACACAUCCAGGAGGCCCUUCCCUACAAAGGUUGCUAUGGUUAGGGGUUCACAGUUACUUCCUCUGUGUUACGACAUGCUAUCUGCCUGUCACUGCACUGACCAGACAAGAAAAAGGGUACUGUGACAAAGUGGCAUUAUACUCGUACUGGUACUAUCUUGCAUUUUUUAAAGGUUGAUGUAAAAGCUAAAUGAAUCUAAGUAAACUGACUAUAAUGUAAAGUGAUGUGAUGUGAUGAUUGUGAAUCCUGCACUUUGGGUGAAAAUCCUUGGGAUUAGCUUUCCUUAGUAAGCGUGGGUCUUACAAAUCUGAAAGUGUGGUGUUGGAGCUCCUACUUUCUGAGUCUUAAAGUGUAUUUUCUCAUGUACAAGCUGUAGAUGAAACCAUUGAAACUUGACAACCUUUGAUGAGCCUGAUUUAGUCAUGUGAAUGUUUAAAAAUGUGUAUUUGUGAACAGCAGUGGAAAGAAUGAAAUGUCAACGAGAAUAAAUAUUUAUCAGACAAAA